UAUAAAUAUCGUGCUAACAUCAUACGUGGGUUUUGGCAUCGUCAUGUUGAUAUAUAUUUAGGAAGAAAUAUUCGUCAGAGUAUACUAAUUCUACUUUUGCCAGUUGUUUUCGGUGUAAAAUUUUUGGGCAUGGAACAAGACCAAAGUGAAUUGGAUAGGAGACUGUAGGCCAUGGAAAUCAAAUUACGUGGGGACAAUUUGUUGAGUUGAAUGGAAUAAGUUAUUUGAUGCUGACCCAAAAAAAAGAAAAAAUUUAGUUGACGCAUUUGUAAUGCAACCACAUAUAUUAAUCAUGGAAAGGAGUCGAAAAGAUUAAAAAAGAAAUGGGAGAAUGAAACAGCAUCACAACGGGGAAAACCUGGCAUGUCAAUUCUUUAUCACAAUCCUAUGCGAACCUCGCAAGUCAAAUGUGCUUCUAUUUAAGUUACACACCCUGCUGGUGUCCAAGUAGAAGUGUGUUUUGUUCUUACAAACAUGAGGCCAAGUAAUUGGUCUUCUCUUCUACUGUUAUUGGUUUUAUGCCCAUGGUUUCUUUUCUCUCUCCAUGGCACUUUGAUUUUGGCCGAGAGGUCUACCCACAUUGUCCACAUGGACAAGUCUUUCAUGCCCAACGCUUUCACUAGCAUCCACAACUGGCAUUCCUCUACCGUUGAUUCCGUAAAAUCAACGGAGACAGAAACAUCAGACGACCACCAUUCGGUGUCGCAGCUCCUCUACAGCUACGACAAUGCAUUGGAUGGAUUCAGCGCAGUCCUCUCGAAAGAUGAGCUAGAGAGAUUAAAGAAGUUACCGGGGUUCGUCUCGUCUUACCCUGACAGGAAGGUAACAAAAGACACCACCCACACCACAGAGUUCCUCGGCCUCAGUCACGCCACCGGACUAUGGCCGGUUUCAGACUACGGCAAAGACGUUAUCAUUGGGGUGAUCGACACUGGCGUGUGGCCGGAGAGCAAGAGCUUUAAAGACGAUGGGAUGACCGCUAUCCCAUCAAAAUGGAAAGGAACAUGUGAGGAAGGUCAAGACUUCAACUCCUCAUUGUGUAAUUUGAAGCUUAUUGGAGCUAGAUACUUCAACAAGGGGCUCCGAGCUGCACAUCCUGGUAUUAAACUGAGUAUGAACUCAGCAAGGGACACCGAGGGUCACGGGACCCACACUUCGUCGACUGCUGGUGGAAACUACGUAGAAGACGCAUCAUUUUUCGGCUACGCUUCGGGAACCGCAAAAGGGGUCGCGCCGCGUGCUAGGGUGGCGAUGUACAAAGUCCUUUGGGACGAAGGAGGCUAUGCCUCCGACGUUCUCGCUGGGAUGGAGAAGGCAGUAGCUGACGGGGUAGAUGUAAUAUCAAUCUCGCUGGGUUUCGAUUCCUUUCCUCUUUACGAGGAUCCGAUUGCCAUAGCUUCAUUUAGAGCGAUGGAAAAGAGUGUUCUCGUUUCUUCCUCAGCUGGAAAUGAAGGCCCGGAGCUUGGGCGGUUGCACAACGGAAUUCCGUGGGUCUUGACCGUUGCAGCGGGCUCGAUCGACCGGUGGUUUGCCGGGACGUUAAUUCUUGGAAAUGGUUUAGCCAUCACUGGGUGGAGCAUGUUUCCGGCGAGUGCUGUUGUGGACAACAUCCCUCUCCUCUACAACAAGACUUUAUCAGCAUGCAUUGACUCUCAAUUGUUGUCUCAAGCCCCAUCCUCUAUAAUCAUAUGCAACGAUAUGGGGUCGUUUUUUACGCAAAGUUCUGUGCUUGCUAACUCACAUAUGGAGGCGGCCAUCUUCAUCUCAGAUGAUCUAGGAAUAUUCGAGUUCAAUGUUUUUCCUUUUCCCGGAGUCGUUAUUAGCUCGAAGGAUGGGCCGGCGGUGAUCAAAUAUGUUGAAAGCAAUGGUGCUAAUUCUACAGCCAGCAUGAGUUUCCAACAGACUUUUGUGGGCACCAAAGGUGCGCCUGCAGUUGCUGCGUACACUUCAAGGGGUCCUGCGCCGAGCUUUCCUGGUAUUCUGAAGCCAGAUGUGAUGGCACCUGGCACCCUAGUUUUAGCAGCGUGGAAUCCGACUUUAGUCACAGCUGGAAUCGAGUCAAAUCUCGCGUUGUCCAGCGAUUACAAUAUAAUUUCUGGGACAUCCAUGGCCUGCCCUCAUGCUUCGGGCAUAGCUGCGCUAUUGAAAGGCGCCCACCCAAAAUGGAGUCCCGCUGCUAUACGGUCUGCCAUGGUGACCACGGCGAGCCCCAACGAUAACACUCUCCAUCCAAUCCGUGACAUUGGUCAAGGUUUUGACAUCGCUACGCCGCUUGCUAUGGGUGCAGGUCAGGUUCGUCCUAACAUGGCACUUGAUCCGGGUUUGAUAUAUGAUGCUACUACACAAGACUACGUAAAUCUCAUCUGCUCCAUGAACUUCACCAAGAGCCAGGUCUUGACCAUAACAAGAUCAAAUUACAAAUGCAUGAACUCGUCUUCUGAUCUCAAUUACCCGUCGUUCAUUGCUUUGUACAAGGCAACGCUCGUACCUGAGAUAACCAAGCAUUUUCAGAGGUUUGAAAGGGUUGUCACCAAUGUAGGAGCAGGUGCAGCCACUUAUAAGGCUAAGGUGACCGCACCACUGGGUUCUAGGGUUACGGUCUUGCCGGAUACGUUGGUGUUUCUGAAGCCAAAUGAGAAGAAGGCAUACUCCAUGACCAUACAUUACAAUGGGGACAAGAAUGGUACCGUGACAUUUGGUUCCCUAAUCUGGAUUGAAGAAAAUGGAGCACACACCGUUAGGAGCCCGAUCGUCGUGGCUCCGAUAAUCAACGUGUGGUGAGCAUUGCAAUAUCCAAGGGAUGUUUGUGGAAUUGCCGUCUUGGAUUUACUUCAAUCGAUGAUUUUGAAUGUGUCCCAAUAUGUGUCCAAGGAAAAUAAAGUUGUGUUUUUAUCGGCAAAGAAAAUAAUAUUUCAAUCCAAGGAAAAUUAAGUUAGGUUGUGUUUCUUGAAUUCACUCUAAGUCGAGAGUUUACACUCUGUAAAGUGAAAGCUAAAACAUGUUCGUCUCGAUUCUUAAUGAUGAUGUUUUCUGCUA